AUGGUCAAGACUUCCGUCCUCAACGAUGCCCUCAACGCCAUCAACAACGCCGAGAAGAGCGGCAAGCGCCAGGUCCUGAUCCGUCCAUCCUCCAAGGUCAUUGUCAAGUUCCUCUCCGUCAUGCAGAAGCACGGCUACAUUGGCGAGUUCGAGGAGGUCGACGACCACCGCAACGGCAAGAUCGUUGUCCAGCUCAACGGCCGCCUCAACAAGACUGGUGUCAUCUCUCCCCGCUACAACGUCCAGCUCCGCGACAUGGAGAAGUGGGUUGUCAAGCUCCUUCCCUCGCGUCAGUUCGGUUACAUUGUCCUGACCACCUCUGCCGGUAUCAUGGACCACGAGGAGGCCCGCCGCAAGCACGUUGCCGGCAAGAUCAUCGGUUUCUUCUACUAG